CUGCGCCCCGCCCUAUCAAGCUCGGCCCGAAUCAUUCGAAUUAUUGGGAAAGGUCUCAUUCGCCUCUAGAUUGUGCAAUUGAACGGUAUAUCUGCACUGUUGAGGACGAAACGAGAGCAUCGCCACGCACGGACAACAUUGCUGCGUUUUCUGACGGAAUUUUAUACAUUUACGAAGCCAUGAACUGCUACGGAAUGAACGCCUACAGCGGAGGGUUGCCGAUGCCAAUGGACACAUCCCCCGUGGCGGCCGGAGCGCCGGGUGGGACGGCCGCGGGGCCAGCCGCCGCCUCGAGACACAUCAAGCGACCGAUGAACGCAUUCAUGGUGUGGUCACGCAUUCAGCGGCGAAAAAUCGCGUCUGAAAACCCAAAAAUGCACAAUUCCGAGAUCAGUAAAAGACUGGGUGGCGAGUGGAAGUUGCUGUCAGAGUCGGAAAAACGACCAUUCAUCGACGAGGCGAAGCGGCUGCGGGCGACGCACAUGGAAGAACACCCAGAUUACAAGUACCGGCCGCGCCGAAAACCCAAACAGGGUGGUCACUCCGGGGGUGGCAAGGGGCACGGAGGCGUAAAGGGGGCGUGCGACUCUCCUCUUUCAACCGUUGGUUCCUCAAUGCCGGCGUACUCGCCGUUUGCGCUGCCCUACCUGAGCGACUCUUACUACCACAAGGGGUUGACCUACCCCCAAAGCGCUUACCUGGCGGAGCAGCGGCAGACGCACGGUCAGCCGGUGGACGCGGCCACCGCCAAACUGGCCGCCUCGGCCUCCUUCGUCAGCUCGUUCUACAACACAAUGUACGGUGGCAUGCAGUUCGCCGACCCCGGCAACCCCCAGCAUCCCCAGGCGGCCGCUCUCACAGCAUUUCACUCGCCAAAGAUCGAGCGGGACUCCCCGCCUGACAGCUUCCCCUAGCUUAGAUUAUCAUGAAGUUAAAGUGACGAACGGACGAUUUUCCUGCGCGUUGUAAGUCGUGCUCUGGUCAUAUUCAAGUUUAGCCACAAUCUCAAUUCGUCAUUUAACUGUACAAAAAAAGCUUGUGGAUCAAAAUCUGUAAAAAUAAAUAAAUUUUGGAACUGGCUUUGGAAAACAAAAUGUAAAAAUCAGAUCGUCGUUUGAUUGUUUUUCUGAUAAGGAUUUUUCCGUGUAAAUAGAAGGAAAAUCCAACGAGCUCUGAUUACCAGGCUUCUGUUUAAAAUGGCAACGGCGCUCUAUUGUAAUCAGUUUUGUGCAAAAACUUUAUUUUUUGUAUAUAUAGAUAUGUGGAAGAAUAGUUUUGAAAUAUACUGUAUAAGCUCAAUAAAACUUAAUCACUAGAGAAAUUUCAUAUUGAGCCGUGGAUGUUCCCUCUUAUAAUUUACACUUGCACCUCAACCAAUUGAAGCGCUCUCCAAACAAGAAAUAUUCUAAAGGAGAAUGAAAUAGCACAUUUCUUGGCAUUCCCCUUUCAUCCAUUGAAUGGUUUUUCAUCAAAGACUGUAUGGCAGUAGAAAAAUUUGAGCAUGAUGUGUGAUGCGAGUUGAAAUGUUGCUAUUAGUUAUAAUUUUGACACUUUGGAAAUGUGCUCACAACUUUCCAAGAUUCGAUAAGUUCCUUUCUUAGCAUUAAUAUACGUUAGCAGAAUUUUUAACGAAUUGUGCUUAAAUUAUGAAAAAAAUAUUUAUUUGCCAAGGAUUGCACCAAAAUAUAAAUGUAUUUAUUUUACAAAUGCAUUUGAUUAUGUGAAUCGGGUGAGAAAACAAAUCUCCCCGCCUGUUAAAUCAGAAAAUUUCUGUUUUUUCUUUCUUGUUAAUUUCUCGUCAUUGCAUGCACUGACGAGCAUUAUUUAAAUUUUGAAACAUCCCUAAGAUGACAAUAAAAAGUUA